GAUUGGCUGCUGUGCGUAUCAAGCCUCAGUUUAAGCAGCAAAUGAAGAAAUUUACUUCCUUAUUAGACCACGCCCACCGCAGGUUAUGGCAACGUGGAGACUCUGGUCCUCUCUGAAGGGUUCAUGGCAGCGAUGGAGGUAGAAGGAGCUCUCAAGGUUGUGGGUGAGAUGGGGAUCUACCAGGUCUAUCUGUGCUUCCUACUGGCCAUGCUAUUAUCGCUCUAUGUGGCGACAGAAGCUGUCCUCAUCACAAUUGUUGGGAUCCCACCUCCUUAUCACUGGGAGAAUGACAGUGCCCUGCCCAAUGCCACCCAAGGUCACAAGUUAUUCGAAAAUGAAGUAAUGGGAAACCACAGCCAGGGGCAUCUCCACUUUGAUGGAAAUUUGACAUCAAUCGCUUCAGAGUGGCUUCUGGUUGGUGCCUCAUCGUACAAAGUCAGUGCCGCAAGCUCUGUAUAUUUUGGAGGGGUUCUCAUUGGCGUGAUCACCUUUGGCCAAUUAUCGGAUCAGUUUGGAAGGAAGCCGGUAUAUGUAACAGGUCUGGCUCUUGAUAUAACCUUCGCCGUGCUCAAUGCUCUGUCCCCGUCCUUCCAGCUCUUCCUCCUCACUCGUUUUGUUGUUGGUGUAAUGAAUGGAGGGAUGUCUUUGGUGGCCUUUGUUCUGCUCAACGAAUACAUUGGGGCCACCUAUUGGUCAAUCGCUGGUUCGUUGUCCAAUCUCUUCUUUGCGGUGGGAAUUGCGCAGCUUGCUGUCAUUGGAUAUUUAAUUCGCUCAUGGAGACUCCUGGCGCUGCUGGUAAAUGUGCAAGGAGCCUGCGUGUUUCUUCUCUCACUGUGUAUUCCCGAGUCUCCACGAUGGCUGUACACACAAGGCCGGCUCACAGAGGCUCAAGACGUUCUUCUCUUUCUUGGACGCUGGAACUGCAAGAAAUUCACCUCUUUCUCCCUCACUCCAAGGCAGAAAGAAAUCUCCCAGAGUGCCAAUGUUCUUACCAUAUACCGGCACGCAGCACUGCGGCAGCGCACUCUCGUCAUGAUGUAUGCAUGGUUUGUCUGCAGUUUGGUGUACUAUGGACUGACUCUAAGUGUGGGAGAUUUAGGAGGAAAUAUUUACUUAAACCUUGCUCUGUCUGGCCUGGCUGAAAUCCCUGCGUAUCCGCUCUGCAUGUAUGUGAUGAACCAUAAAAGAUGUGGCCGCAGGAAGGCGCUGGCUGGAUUUCUGGCAGCUGGAGGUUUAUCCUGUCUGAUCAUCAUGUUCCUACCUGAAAAGAAAGGUUCCGGCCUUCUCUUCGUGCUAAACAGACAAGUAUUGUCUCUUGUCGGCAAACUGAGCAUUAGCGCAUCGUUUAACAUUGUUUAUAUUUACACAUCCGAGCUCUACCCUACCUCCAUCAGGAACCUCGGGAUGGGACUGUGCUCUAUGGUGUCUCGCUUUGGGGGAAUCCUUGCACCGUUCAUACCUGAUCUGCGAUACAUUCAGGCGUCCCUUCCAUUCAUCGUAUUUGGAGUUACUGGUCUCACCUCGGGAACCCUCAGCCUUCUCUUACCAGAGACCUUAAACUGCCCGCUCCCCGAGACUCUGUCUGACCUGCAGGUGUGCUCGUAUCGGCGGCUGGGGGAAGAAGAGGAGCUAUCGCUCAGCCUUCUGAAUGGGCAUAUGGAGGAUUCUGAGAACAUUGUGGGUUCAAGCAGUGAGGAGGAAGAGGAGCUUUCCCUUACUACAUCUACAGACACCCAGGCUUUGACGUAACCUAUAGGGUGACCUGGCCAGAGUGCCAGUACCGGUGAUGGCACAGACCAUGUGAGACCUGUCUGCAAUUUCAAACCACUGGUUUGUGAAGGACCUAUCUGAAGGAGAGGAAUGCAUUAGGUCGUCAACCAAAACUGUGGAACUCAGGACCAAAAAGUGCCUGGUAAAAUAGCCAGGGAUCAGUUCAGAGGCCGAGGAGGGGCUGGAUUCUGUGACUGUUUGAUGGACACUCAG